CUCCUGCCUCUGGCCUCACCCUUCUACCUGCCCCGCCCGGUGCCCCCAGAUUCCGAGGUGGUGAGGGAUCCGGUGGAGAAACUCAGCAGUCACCCUGGGGCCUCUCCAGCCAGAGAGGAAGGGAGAGACCCAGGGGCCCUCACGCGCUGGACAUUGUGGCCUCAUCACGGUGAAUUACGUGCCCACUCACACACUUGAUAUCCCACUGCUCCCUUAUGCCUGCCCUCCUUCUCUUGGGCUUUUUUACACCGACACCCACCCUGGGGGGACGUGUUUUUGUGCACCACGCCCAUUCAUCUGCACCCAGGGGAUUGUAGUGCGGCAUCUCGUUCACGCUCCUCCACUUUCUCGCUCUACUGCAUUCACACGCACACACACGCACAGGCCUGUCCCCGCUGGUCUGGGCUGAGUGGGCUGGGUUGGGUGUUGCCCACAGUGCUGAAGCUCUUGAAGAUGGCCACGGGAAUGCGGGCCCUGCUGGACACCGUGGUGCAAGCUCUACCCCAGGUGGGCAACCUGGGCCUCCUCUUCAUGCUGCUCUUCUUCAUCUACGCCGCCCUGGGAGUGGAGCUCUUCGGGAAGCUGGUCUGCAACGACGAGAACCCUUGUGAGGGCAUGAGCCGGCACGCCACCUUCGAGAAUUUCGGCAUGGCCUUUCUCACGCUCUUCCAGGUCUCCACUGGCGACAACUGGAACGGGAUCAUGAAGGACACGCUGCGGGACUGCACGCACGACGAGCGCAGCUGCCUGAGCAGCCUGCAGUUCGUGUCACCGCUGUACUUCGUCAGCUUCGUGCUCACGGCCCAGUUCGUGCUCAUCAACGUGGUGGUGGCCGUGCUCAUGAAGCACCUGGACGACAGCAACAAGGAGGCCCAGGAGGACGCCGAGAUGGACGCCGAGCUGGAGCUGGAGCUGGCCCACGGCCUGGGCCCCAGCCCGCGGCCACCUGCCAGUGCCCUGGGGGCGUCCGUGCCCGCCCACGGGCCGGGAGGGGCGGCCAGCGAGGGUGACCCCGAGGGCCGCCUGCGCCGAAGCUGCUACUCACCAGCCCAGGAGAACCUGUGGCUGGACAGCGUCUCUUUAAUCAUCAAGGACUCCUUGGAGGGGGAGCUGACCAUCAUCGACAACCUGUCCGGGUCCAUCUUCUACCACUACUCCUCGCCGGCCGGCUGCGAGAAAUGUCACCACGACAAGCAGGAGGUGCAGCUGGCCGAGACGGAGGCCUUCUCCCUGAACUCAGACAGGUCCUCGUCCAUCCUGCUUGGCGAUGACCUGAGUCUGGAGGACCCUGCAGCCUGCCCUGUCGGCCCCAGGGACGGCAAGGGCGAGCCUGACCCGCCUGAGCCCAUGCGGGUAGGGGACCUGGGCGAAUGCUUCUUCCCCUUACCCAACACGGCCGUCUCAUCGGGUCCGGAGAACUUCCUGUGCGAGAUGGAGGCCAUCCCAUUCAACCCCGUCCAGUCCUGGCUGAAACACGAGAGCAGCCAAGCAGCGCCUCAGAGCCCCUUCUCCCCGGAUGCCUCCAGCCCGCUCCUGCCCAUGCCGGCGGAGUUCUUCCACCCUGCCGUGGCCGCCAGCCAGGAAGGGCAGGAGAAGGGCGCCAGAGCCGGGACCCUCCCCAAGAUCGCCCUGCAGGGCUCCUGGGCCUCCCUGCGGUCGCCUAGCGUCAACUGCACCCUCCUUCGACAGGCCACGGGGAGCGACACGUCGCUGGAGGUCAGCCGCAGCAGCUCGGCGGGCAGCCUGCAGACCACGCUGGAGGACAGCCUUACCCUGAGCGACAGCCCGCGGCGAGGGCUGGGGCUGCCCGCGUCCGUCCCGGGGCCCCGCGCCGGCCCGUCGCCCGCUGCGCGCCGCCGCCCGAGCCCGCGGGGCCGGGGCACGUUCAGCCUGCGCGGGCUGCGGGCGCACCAGCGCAGCCACAGCAGCGGGGGCUCCACCAGCCCGGGCUGCACGCGGCACGACUCCAUGGACCCCUCGGACGAGGAGGGCGCGGGCGGCCGGGCCGGCGGGGGCUGCGGGGGCGCGGGCAGCGAGCACUCGGAGACCCUCAGCAGCCUCUCGCUCACCUCCCUCUUCGGGCCGCCGCCCCCGCCGCCCGGCCUCCCGCCCGCGCGCCGGUUCAGCAGCGCCAGCAGCCUGGCCGCCGGGCCCGGCCGCCCCCGCGCCGCCGCCGCCCCUGGGCCCCGCGGCCUGGCCCGCAGCCCCUCCUGGGCCGCCGCCGAUCGCUGCAAGGACCCGCCGCGCCCGGCCGAGCCGGCCGCUCCCCGAGACCCCGAGGCGCCCGAGCCACAGCCCCCGCCGCCGCCGCCGCCGCCGCUGGGGGAGCCGCCGUCCGGGGACGCCGCGAGCCAGGGGAGGAGAUGA